AUGGCCGCCACGAGCGCGAUGGACGUUGGCGAGAAUCACAUUCUGUCAACACUGUCUAUCCAUGGAGAGUCUAGCGACUCGGAAGGGGAAGAGAUUGUCGCAGAAGACGACCUCGAUAGCGUUUAUUCGGAGGAAGGAGACGAAGAGGGCGAAUUGGACCUGGCACCGAACCUUACUGCAGAGAGGGCUGUCCAGAAGUUUAGAUCGGAGAUUUGCAGUGGCAACCGCGCAGUCUAG